UGGAACAGAACGGUAACCCGUAAGGGUCAUUCCAAGGCCAGCGAAUUUCCUACGUGAAUUGUUUCCUUGAGGUGGUGGGGGUCUAAGUGACUUGCCCAAGCGGGCGAGGCGACAGUGCGGCGCCAACUCGGCCCCACGCCCUUCUUCCCCGGUUGUUGGACCGCGUGAUUCUUUCCUCCCGUCGGCGCCGAAGGGAACCUGGUUCUGGGCGUGCGGAGAGGUGGGCUUGCUGGCGGGGCCGGGUGGGGCGCGCCCGAGAGGCUAUGGACCCGGGACGUAGCUGACUCUCCGCGAGCCUCGGGCUUCUCUUCUGCCAGACGAAGUAGCACUCCUUGUCCUGCUUGGUGAUUUUGCCCUCCUGCAUUUAUAACAGCAACCCUGUAAAGUGGGCGGUGCUACCCUCGUUUUACCGUUGGGGAAAUAGUCUCGAGAGAAUACACGCACUGGCUUAAGUGACAGACCAUGUGGGAGCCGUGAAUCUGACAGCGGCUUUUUGAGACCAAGCUGCCACCUCAGCAGUGGAGCAAUUACAUGGACUUGAGCCCGCUAGGAAUGGCAGCCCCAUCUAUGAAAGAAAGGCAGGCUUGCUGGGGAGCCCGCGAUGAGUACUGGAAGUGUUUGGAUGAGAACACGGAGGACGCUUCCAAGUGCAAGAAGUUAAGAAGCUCAUUUGAAUCAAGUUGUCCCCAACAGUGGAUAAAAUAUUUUGAUAAAAGAAGAGACUACUUAAAAUUCAAAGAAAAAUUUGAAGCAGGAGAUUUCCAGCCUUCGAAAAUGACUGCAAAGUCCUAGGCUGUUCCUGAACACUUGACUUCAGAAAGGUUGAAAUUACAUUUUCUGGACAUUCAAAAAUGCUUUGACUCUGGGACAAUAGUAGUUUGAAUGAUGGCAGACACCAAAGCCUGUUUCAUAUAUACGGUUCUUAAUUUAAAUGAUCAAGUAACAAGAUUACAUUAUUCAAAGUAUGAAGAAUUGAAAUAAAGUGAUAUGAAAUAUGCUUAAUUUAGUAAAUAUAUAUUUUAAGAAAAAAAUUAAACUUAAUUAUAAAAA